AUGAAGAUAUGUGUGGAAUUCAGCGGGGGUGCGGAAAUUUUGUUUGGAAAGGUUAAAGAGCAUACAUUGGAGUUGCCAGCAUCGAUAAUCAAUCUCCAAGAUCUACUUGCAUGGCUCAAGGAAAAUUUACUAGAAGAAAGACCGGAACUUUUCCUGCAAGGCAAAUCUAUACGGCCUGGGAUACUGGUUUUGAUCAACGACACAGAUUAUUCAUUACUCGGUGAGAACGAUUACAUCCUUCAGGAGAACGAUCGGAUAUCUUUCAUCUCUUCGUUGCACGGCGGUUGA